UCAGUUUUUAUUUAUUUAUUAACGGUAGCAUGAAUACGACUCUUUGUAUUUGGAACCAUAUCAUAUUCAUUUGCACGGCCAGCAUUUGUGUGACCUUGGUUUUCUCCGUGGAGCAAUCCAUUGUUCUAUCUGCCGAGAGCUUUGAAGUCUGCGGGAGAUGGAGGGUGGAUUGAAGCCAAUGGAUGCUGAGCAACUGAGAGAGUAUGGGCAUAAGAUGGUAGAUUUCAUUGCUGACUACUACAAAAGUAUAGAGAAUUUCCCAGUUCUCAGCGAAGUUGAGCCCGGGUAUCUGCAUAAACUUUUACCGGAUUCUGCGCCUAGUCAUCCUGAGUCUUUGCAGCAUAUCUUUGAUGAUAUUCAGACUAAGAUAUUACCAGGGGUAACCCAUUGGCAGAGCCCGAAUUAUUUUGCAUACUAUCCUUCUAAUAGCAGCAUUGCUGGAUUUUUGGGAGAGAUGCUUAGUGCAGGCCUUAACAUUGUGGGUUUUAGUUGGAUUACUUCUCCAGCAGCAACAGAACUUGAAAUUGUUGUUCUUGACUGGCUUGCUAAAAUCCUAAACUUACCUAAUGAGUUUCUUUCAGCUGGACAAGGUGGUGGAGUCAUACAGGGAACAGCCAGUGAAGCUGUUCUUGUUGUUCUGUUGGCUGCUCGUGAUAAGGUUUUGAUUAAGGUUGGAAAAAACGCUCUUGAGAAGCUUGUUGUAUAUGCAUCUGAUCAAACGCAUUCAGCUUUACAAAAAGCCUGUCAGAUAGGGGGAAUCCAUCCAGAGAAUUGCAGGCUGCUAAGUACGGAUGCUUCUGCUGAUUAUGCCCUUUCUCCUGCUGUACUUGGUGAAGCAAUUUCAAAUGAUGUUGCCAAUGAUUUAAUUCCCUUUAUGUUAUGUGCUACUGUUGGUACUACUUCAUCUACAGCUGUUGAUCCUCUGCCAGCAUUGGGAAAGAUCGCUAAGAGUCAUGGAAUGUGGUUUCAUAUUGAUGCUGCAUAUGCUGGAAGUGCUUGUAUAUGUCCAGAAUACCGCCAUUAUAUUAAUGGUGUAGAAGAAGCUGACUCAUUCAACAUGAAUGCACAUAAAUGGCUUUUGACAAACUUUGAUUGUUCAGCACUCUGGAUCAAGGACAGAAGUGCUUUGAUUCAGUCCUUGUCUACAAAUCCUGAGUUUCUGAAAAACAAGAAAUUGCCAUUGAUGCUUCAGGCCUCUCAAGCAAACUUGGUCGUGGAUUUUAAGGAUUGGCAAAUACCACUUGGACGUCGCUUUAGAUCAUUGAAACUUUGGAUGGUGUUACGACUUUAUGGUUUGGAAAACCUACAAGGCUACAUAAGAAACCAUAUCAAGUUGGCUAAACACUUUGAGGAGCUUGUUUCUCAAGACCCAAGGUUUGAGGUUGUUACACCUCGGAAAUUUUCAUUAGUUUGUUUCCGUCUUCUUCCUCAUAAUGAUGAAGCCUGUGCAAGUAAACUGAACCAUGAUCUGUUAGACAUUGUAAACUCAACUGGAAAAGUUUACAUCUCUCACACGGUUCUAUCAGGCAAAUAUGUAUUACGUUUUGCAGUAGGAGCUCCAUUGACUGAAGAGAGACAUGUCAAUGCGGCAUGGGAUGUUCUACAAGAAAAGGCCUCUACCCUGUUAGGUAGUAUGUAAAAACCAACCAUUAUAAUUAUUAGUAUGAGCAACAGUAUUUAAGUAUUUAUUGAAUAAUUUUCUCAAUUGGAAUUCUCUCUAUUUGCAAGUGAAAAUGAAAUAGAGAUAUUUAUUUGUUAAAUCAUAACCAAAAAUUGAUUUUAUAGCCA